AUAUGUUUGACACUCCUGGAUCAGGCAUGAAACGUAGGUUGAGAAAUAUGUCCGACAGCACAUGAAGGCAUCAUGGCGUGACGUCCCGCUGGGCGUGUCCCUCCCGCAGCGUCACCGAGGAGAUUGUUCAGGCUGGUUAUGGAAAACUCUGGAAGUUUCCACACUGUUUAUAAAGAAAAUAUGGGGGGCUGAGCGGACCGAGUUGAGACAGGACUGAGGACGUGCGGCAGAAGUUCAUCACCAGCAAUUUACCAACAGCUACAACAAUUUAGACCGUUGGUUGGUUAAAAUGGGUAAAGACUACUAUGAGAUUUUGGGGAUUAAGAAAGGAGCAUCAGAGGAUGACAUCAAGAAAGCUUAUCGUAAGCAAGCUCUGCGUUACCAUCCUGACAAAAACAAGUCACCGGGAGCCGAGGACAAAUUCAAGGAGAUUGCUGAAGCUUACGACGUUUUGAGCGACCCUAAGAAAAAAGAUAUAUACGACCGUUUUGGCGAAGAAGGACUGAAAGGCGGAGGCCCUACUGGUGGUGGUGGUGGUCCUGGCACCUUCAGCUACACCUUCCAGGGCGACCCCCAUGCCAUCUUUGCAGAGUUCUUCGGUGGACGUAACCCAUUUGAACAGUUCUUUGGCGGGCGGAAUGGAGGCAUGGAUGAGGAAAUGGACACUGAUGACCCAUUUGCCCGCUUUGGGAUGGGUGGCAGCGGAAUGGGGGGAAUGGGUGGGUUCCCUCGCUCCUUCAGCUCUGGUAUGGGCGGUCACACUAGUGUGGUAAAGAAGCAGCAGGAUCCUCCUGUAGUUCAUGAUCUCCGGGUGACCUUGGAGGAAGUGUUGUCGGGUUGCACCAAAAAAAUGAAAAUCUCUCGGAAAAGGCUGAACCCUGAUGGCCGAACAUUAAGGAAAGAAGAGAAAAUCCUAGAGGUACAAAUAAAGAAAGGCUGGAAAGAGGGCACUAAAAUUACGUUUCCUAAAGAGGGAGACGAGACUCCUACAAACAUUCCAGCUGACAUUGUAUUUGUGUUGAAAGACAAGCCACAUCCAGUGUUCAAACGUGACGGCUCUGACAUCAUUUACACCGCCAAGAUCUCACUCAGAGAUGCUUUGUGUGGCUGUACAGUCAAUGCACCCACACUAGAUGGCAGAACAGUCACUGUGUCAUCAACAGAUAUUGUGCAUCCGGGGAUGAAGCGACGAAUUAGUGGAGAAGGGCUACCUUAUCCCAAACGACCUGAUCGUCGGGGAGACCUAAUAGUAGAGUAUGAGGUCAGGUUCCCAGAGCGGCUCACUCAGAACGCGCGGGACACAAUCGCUCAGGUCCUUCCUCGAUCUUAAAAAAAGACAAUCAUACCAACAAAACUUAAACAAAGCUGCCAAUAUAUAUUUUUGUCAAAUAUCACGUGGUUACUUGUGGCGGUUAAACUCACUCCAGCCAAUAAAGGACAAACUGAUGUGUCAGAUCAUCCUUGGUCUACUUGAUCAUCUGUAGUGUGAGAACCACCUUUGGAACAUGCUUACCUGAAUGGGUGAAGCAAUUCACAGACUAGAAUGUAAAUAUAUGACCAAUACUGUGUGUUGUUUGAUUUCUUGAAUAUUAUAUUUUGAUGACAACGAGUGUAUAAUAUAUAAAAUGUAUGCGCACUAUUCUGAGGGAGCUGUUGUUCAUUCUAAAAGUCUCAUUGAGAAGUUUAUUUUAUUUUAUUUUGUAAGAAAUUACAACAGGAACAUUUGCAUUGCAAUGUUUACAUAGUUAGUAUAGAGCUCCUAUAAAGUUUCUUAUGAUGGAUAAAAAAUUUCCUUUUCUGAGAGACUUGCUUCUUGACAUCAAGUAAUUUUAUGUGUGUUUGAAUGAGUGGUGUUGCAGUUGAUGCUGUAAGGAGUGACAUUAAAAUCACAAGUGUUGCACUAUCUUUGGACAAUAAAGACAUUAAAAUUG